GGUGCUGAGUAUUGAGGGUGCUGGGCAGUGAGGGUGCUGCUCCCUGUACCCACACGUCCUGCUGCACUCUGAGCUCCCGCUGUUGCAGCUGAAGUCGAAGCGGAUGUUGUCCCUGCAGCGCUGCGUGCUGCAUUGCAGCUCUGCACCACCUCACCCCGUCCUGCCUCCAGUCGUUCCCGUACCAAGUGCAGCCUCUCACAUCAUCCAGCCGGAGCUGCAGGCGCAGGAUGCACUCACUGCCCCGCGGAUGCUUUCAGGAUGCAGUCGUUCCCCACGGGAGCUGCAAUGGGAGCGUCCCUCUGCAAGCCAGCCCUGCAGCCUGCAGCCACCUCACACCCAACUGACUGUUAUUUCUCAGUUUUGCUUUGUGGAACAUUCGGAGUGAGCUCCAGGCCCUCCACUGUACCGCCCAUGGGCUGGCACACAUCAGGAUGUUGUUUUAAGGCCUGGAAUGUCGGGCUGUGAAUUACUGCCCAUGGGAUGUGACACACCAGGUUGUUGUUUUAAGGCCUGAAAUGUCGGGCUGUGAAGUACUGCCCAUGGGAUGUGACACACCAGGAUGUUGUUUUAAGGCCUGAGAUGUCGGGCUGUGAAUUACUGCCCAUGGGAUGUGACACACCAGGAUGUUGUUUUAAGGCCUGGAAUGUCGGGCUGUGCAAUGCUGUCACCUCUGGGUUCGUUCUCUGUAGCACCGAAUGCAUCGGUUCAGACCCUCCCAUGGGGAGCGUUGUGUGGGGUGAGGCCAUAUGAGCCAUGGGCAGCGCUGCUGAUGGUGGCUCGGUUGAAUGUAGAAAUGCCAUUUGAGCUGUCAUUAAGGUGCUGUUUUCUGCCCUGCCCUGUUGUUCUCACUGGUUAUAGCCCCCCCUGCAGCCGGUGCACCGCUGACCCAUCUAACCCUUGUCUUUUAACUUUCAGCUUUGUGUUGUUCUUGGAAAGUUUCGCUCCACUUGUGAAUUCCUUGAACCUUGGCAUUGCGAGCCCGCUUGUGUUGGGCCCUCCUCCUUUUCAGCUUGCUCACAUUAAGACCCACUUGGCUCUGCAGCAAUUGACCGCCGGCAGCUCCGCGUCUCCUCAUGCUCCCUUUGGCCGGGCCGUGGUGAAGAGCGCCAUGUUUAGCCCCAGAGGAGCGUUGCCGCAGAGGCCCAGAGGCCCCAACCCGUCUGCAGCGAAGCCCCCGGGAUCCUUCCAUGGUGCCACGGCACCGCAGCGAGCGCCGGCACCGGGAGCACCGCGGGGGGCAGCGCCGCGAGCGUCGGGGCAGGACAGCGCGCCAUGGAGCGGCUCACAGCGCAUCAACGUCCGCGUCACCCUGCACCGGGCCGACCCGCGGCAGGCCAAGGCCAAGAGCAACCUGCACCAGGAGCAGAAGGGAGACGUGCGCGGGGGGCGCUGGGACGGCAACCCCUGCCCACCCCCCCCGGUUGUGGCACAGAAGCCCCCGGCCCGGCUCCCAGAGCAGAAAGCCGGAGCGCAGAACCGCUACACGCCAGAGAGCGCCUCCAGCAUCUUGGCCAGCUUCGGGCUGUCCAACGAGGACCUGGAGGAGCUCAGCCGCUACCCCGAUGAGCAGCUGACGCCCGAGAACAUGCCGCUCAUCCUCAGAGAGAUCCGGCUGCGGAAGAUGGGCCACCCGAUGCCCGGCCCACAUCCCCAGAGCCGAGGAGAGGCCGUGAGCGGGCCGAGCGGCGCCGCCGUCAAGGGCAAGGUGAUCGACUACGGGCACGCCAGCAAGUACGGGUACACCGAGGAUCCGCUGGAGCUGCGAGGUUACAACAUGGAAGCGCUGCGAGAGGAGCCCCUGGAAGCGCGGCCCUACAACCACGAAGCCCCGAGCGCAGAGAAGAGGGAAGAGUUCCAGCGCGAGCAGAGCGUUCCCAUGGGCGUCCCUCCGGCCGGCGCGCCGUGCGGCCCGGCCUUCCCACCGCAGGACGUCAUGAAGCCCCCGCCAGCUUUCCAGAGCGACCCGGCCAACCCUCACCCUUAUUUCCCAGCAGAGCCGGCAGGGAAGGCAGGCGGGCUGUGUGCGGCGCCCGUGGGCAAGGCCGGCCCCCCGCCCGCGGUGCUGCCCGUCAUGCCGCCCAUCCUGCCGCUGUCGGUGCCGCCCAUGGCGCAGCCCGUGGUGCCGCAGCUCAUCCCGCAGCCCGUGGUGCCCAUCCUCCCGCAGCCGCCCUUCUCGGCGGAGCUGCUGGCCAUCCUGGAGCAGCGCGACAGGAUCCAGCACGAGGCCGGGAGCGGCCGGCCCAGCGCCCCCAGCUCCGGGAUGGGGCAGAAGCCCUUCCAGCCGCAGCACGAGGGGCCCAUUAAAUCCCCCUUUGGCGUGGUGAAGGCGUCGUGGCUGCCGUCCUUCCUGCAGGCGGACUCUCAGAAGAUCAAACGGUUGCCCACCCCGUCCAUGAUGAACGACUACUACGCCACGUCGCCGAGAAUAUUCCCACAUUUGUGUUCUCUGUGUAACGUAGAAUGCGCUCGUAUGAAGGACUGGAUCCUGCACCAGAACACCCCGGCCCACAUUGACAGCUGCCGCCACUUACGCCAACAGUACCCCGAGUGGAACCCUGAGUCUCGCUCCUCAAAGCGCAAUGCAGCCGACAGGAAGGAGAACCAGACCCCCAAGCACCGCUCCAACUCGGCCAGCCCCGGCCCCAGGCGCCCCCGUCCCUCCUACUCCAGCUCUGGGCCCCGUCACUCCCGCUCGCGCUCCAGGAGCCCGGGUCGGUACCGACCAUCCCGGCCGAGGAGCCGCAGCCCCCGUCCCGCGCGGCGCAGCAGCCCCAGGCACUGGUCACGGUCCCCACAGAGAUCCAGGAACCCCCUGAGGGGCAGCCCCCGACCACAGCGAUCCUCCAGCAACGACUGGGCAGCCAGGAGGGGAACACGGUCCCAAGACAGGAAGGCGGCGCUGGACGCGGUGAUGAAGACGUUGGGUCCCAGCUUCGUGGCCGAGUUCAACAAGCACAAAUCAGCACCAACUGCUCCCGGAGCAUCAUCGGGAUCAGGGAAACCAGCAGCAAAAGCGGCUGCAAAUGCAAAGAAACCCCCUAAAAGCUGCAGCGCCGCCAAGGCUGCAAAGAAGGAAGUGGCUGCAUCCGGCUCAUCACCUCAAUGUGAUGAAGCACCCCAGGAGGAGAUGGAGGAUGAAGGGGAGGAGGAGGAGGAGGAGGAAGGCUCAGCUGCAGGAACCAGCAGGGCUCGUGCUGCUCCGUACAACAGGCUGCUGCGAGAGGAGCUGCUCAAUUGCGGGACGGUGCUGCAGAUCUCCAACCUGCCGAGCGACGGCUUCUCCGAGCAGGACAUCAAGAAAAUCGUGCAGCCCUUCGGCAAAGUCAGCGACCUCAUCCUGCUGCGCUCCAGGAACAAGGCCUAUUUGGAGAUGAACUACAAGGAGGCCGUGAUGGCGGCUGUGAAAUAUGGGGAGACCGUCCCAGUGCUGGUGAAUGGGAAACAGGUGAAAAUCACUGUCACAGAGAAGCCCAAAGCAGGAACCAGCCAGCCCAAAACUGGGGUCAAAAAGAAGCCGCGGCUCAUCAGGAAGGUGCCCCCCAGCACCAGGAAACAUCCAACCAGCACCAAGGCAGCGAAACCGACUGCAGGCAAAAAGGACAAAGCCAAGAAGCCCAUAGGGACAAAAGAGGGGAAAGGCAAGAAGAGUUCAGGCACUGCAGCCCACUCAGCAUCACAUGACCCCAAAUCCCUCCCAGUCUCAGCUGAAGUUGAGCAGCAGCCUGAGCCCGUCAGUGCUGCACAAGGAGACGCCGCAAAGGCAGGAGCUGCUCAUUGCAAAGCAGUGGCCAGUGCUGCCCCAUUGCCAGACAAACCUGCCCAGCUGCUCCAUGCGCUGCCGUUGGAUGUGCAGAACGAAGCUUUAACUGAUGGAGGAGCUGCUGCAGGGAUGGUGAAGAGCGAAGAAGGAGCAGAGCUGGGCAGCACAGACGCUGACGACGUGUGCGUGGUGCUGGUGUCCAACCUUCCUGAUAAGGGCCAUUCAGUGGAGGAGGUUUCCAACCUGGCCAAGCCAUUCGGGGGCCUGAGGGACGUGUUAAUUGUGUCCUCUCAUAAGCAGGCCUACCUGGAAAUCAACAGACGCUCUGCUGAGUCCAUGGUCAAGUUCUACUCCUGCUUCCCCAUGACGCUGGAUGGGAACCAGCUGGGAAUCAGCCUGGCACCGCAGCACAGCACCCUAAGGGAUGAAGAAGCCAUAUUCACCUCCAUCAUCAAGGACUCUGACCCUAAGGUGAACCCCACGACGCUGCAGCAGCACUUUGUGCACCUGGGCAACUUACCCAGCGGGGGAUACAGGGACCUGGAGGUGGUUUGUGUGGGGCUGCGCUUCGGGAAGGUGGAGCAUUACGUGGUGCUGAAGAACAGGAACAAGGCCAUUCUGCAGCUGGAGAGUCCCAAGGCGGCCAGGUCCAUGUUCUGCUUCCUGAACCAGUACUCGUACACCAUGGGGGAGCACACACUGACCUGCGCACUGUCCCCAGGCAGGCAGCAGGUCGAUCCCGAAGCUGUGAAGCAGGAGGUGAAGCAGGAGGUGAAGCAGGAGGAGCCGAGCAGAGGAAGGUACCCAGAGGGGUCCGGAGCAGCUGCUCAUCCUGCAGUGGAGCCCAGUGUGAAGAAAGACCCCACUUCCAUCCCUGCUGUUAAGGAUGAGCUGCCAGAAGUGAAGAUGGAGCCUUCAGAGCCUCAUCUGGAUGGAGCAGGGAGGGAUGAGCCCCAUUGGGAUGGAGCACAGCAGGAUCCUGCUGCAGGACAUGCAGAACCGAGCAGCAGCAAAGCAGGGGCUGAGCCCAGCACUGCACCCAGCGGGUUGAAUGGGGCUGAGUUACCUGCAGCCAAAGCAGAGGAGAAGCUGCUCCAUCCCUGCAUGGACAAGGAGCUGGUAGAUGGUGCAGCCUGCAAGCCUGGAUCCGCAGCACAGAAGGGCCGAGGGCUGGGGGCUGCAGGGCUGGGGGCUGCAGGGCUGGGGGCUGCAGGGAGGACAUUGGGGGCCGUGCACAAAGCUGUGCCCGCUGCAGUCACACACAGCAACGUGAAGGUGGAUGGUGCCAACAGGGCACAUAGUAAUGAGCAAACAGAAGCAGAGCAGGACAAGCAGGCAGCUCUAACAGCAGCGCUGGAUGCUGAGCGUGAGGCCGGAGUGGCCACGGGGAGGACAUUGGAUGCAGAUGGAGCUGGAGCAGCCGUGGACGGGGGAGCAGGGGGGGCUGCAAUGCACGGGGCCAAUGCAGCACAGCUGGGGAGCAAAGGAGAGCAGAGCAAGGCUGGGGCUGCUGGGCAAACUAAGAGCAUGAAGGAAAGGAAGGGGGGGGCAAGCAGAGCAACACAGAGCAGGGACAGCAGGGCUGCAAAAGGGAGAGAAGGCAGCAAAGCUGCAGCAAUGGACUCGUCUGCACCCAGCAAGGAGCACCCUGCUGUGCCUAAGGUGAUGCUGAAGGCCGUGGUGUCUGUUCCGGAUAUACUGAGGAGCAAAGCUGCCCCGUGCAAAGCCAGGCCCCAGGGAGCAGCAAUGGGGCAGAAGAAGGGAGCAAUGAAAGAUGGGGGGCAGCACAGCAACAGCACGGCCCAGCAAUGCAACAGCAAGAGCAGCAAUGGGAGGAGUGCGACCCAGCAGGGGAAGGAGCCGCAGGAAACAAGGGCUGCUGCAAAGCAAGGCCAGGAACCAAGGGAUGCAACAAAGCAAGGCCAGGAACCAAGGGAUGCAACAAAGCAAGGCCAGGAUGGGGACAGCAGGUCCAGCACAAAGAAGGGUUCCAAUGGAUCCAAUGGGGGCAGCACGAGGACGUGCAAAAGCAGCAGCACGAAGAUGAAGGAGGAAGACGAGUUGUUCCCGUUCAACCUUGACGAGUUUGUGACGGUGGACGAGGUGCUGGAGGACGGCGAGUCUCCCAUUCAGUCCCAUCACAGCCAACCCAAGGCCAAGAGGAAGGAGAGCUCCAGGGGCAGCUCGGAGCCGGGAGCCAAGAGGAGGAAGGAGAGGAGCCUCCGUGAUGGCCAACCCUCCUUCCUUAUGCUGGAUGAGAUCGGGGGGGAGCUGGGCACGAGGCUGGGCAUGUUGGUGGUGGACGAGGUGAUGGAGGACGAGGAGGAGCAGGGAGAACCCAGGGGGGACGGCCAACGUUCAAUGGGGCGGCCAUUGAAAGCGGAGCCAUUGGUGACUGUGGAUGAGAUCGGGGAGGUGGAGGAGCUGCCACUGAACGAACCCACGGAGCUGAGUGGGGACGACGGGAUGAAACACGUGGGGGUCAGUGAGGAGCCGUGUCCCGUCCCCGACGAUCCCAGCGCGAUGGUGACGGUGGAUGAGAUCAAUGAGGACAAUGAGGACGAGGAGGAUUUCAUGGCUGACUUCAACCGGCUCAAGCAGGAGCUCAACUUCGUCACCGUGGAUGAGGUCGGGGAGGAGGAUGAGGAGGAGGAAGGAGAUUCAAUGGGGAGGAACCAGCAGGAAGGGGACGCCAGAACGGGACCAGGGGAGGAGGAGGAUGAUACGGGGCCACAGGAGACAAAGGAGCCACAGGGAGCAGGAAACGCAGCUGCCAACAGCAAAGGCCUGGAUUACCUGCAGCCCAAGGCCGGGUUCUUCUGUCAGAUCUGCUCCCUGUUCUACUCCGAUGAACCAUCAGUGAAGAACCACUGCCGCACCGCAAUGCACCAGCACACGCACAGAGGUUCAUGGCCAACACAAAAGAAGGAGGAGGGCAGCGGGGCAGAGCCCGCCCCAGGUGACAUCCCCAUCCCAUCCACCCCCAUCCCAGGCCCACACUGUGCCCAGAUGAGACACCCACAGUGGGGGGGGGGGGGUUGUUGGCUUUGGUUUGUGUCCCAAAGCCCUGGACUGAGGGGGGGGCUGCUCCCCCACCCCCCAUAAAGACCCUCCUUGUACAGCC